AAAAAUAGAUUAGAUUUUUCUUGUCUAAACCAUAUGAAGCAACAAGAGUGGCAAAAAUUGCAAUAAAGUCGCAAAAAGCUGAAUAUUCUAUUUUUGAAUUCGUAAAAGUUAAAUAGAAAAUUUACGGUGGAAGGAAAUCAAGUCUGGCUAUUCAGGAUGAAGCCAAAAUGAGUAGACCGCACAACUGAAACGGUCAGUGACAGUGAAAAAAAAUGAACAAUCAGGAUCGGGUGCGAGCAGUGCAAGAGGCAUUUUUCAAUGGCCCCGAAUUUUCAGGGUCUCCAAACAAAUGCCGGACGAAAGCGCGCGCAUCCUUUUGUACGCUUGUUCGUUCAGAUUCUCUGUCGCAACACGGAAAACCAAACCCGACGGAGGCCGCUUAGACGAGCGUUGUGUGCCGAACAAGUGCGUGAAAAGCCGCUAUCUCUUCCAUGUUUUUCUGCUAAAUUAAGCGACGGACAAUCGGAAAAAGUCGUUCAGAUAAUCCGCAUCGCUAGUGUGUUUCGAUUGACGCCAACUUGCAACUGUUUCCGACCACAUUGGCAGUUUACAGCAGGUGGUGUUUUCCAGGUUUGGAAAAUUGAGCCAGCGGCAGCUGGUGCAGCUGGUGCAGCAGAUAGUGGAAUGAGUUCCCCAUCGGCACGCAACAGGGAGCGAAUACUGGAAGCCAUCGACCAGCUGCGGAAAAGAAAGGCUCGACCGGAUGUCGCGAGAAUCUGCAGCUACUUGUUUCGUCGCUUCCACGUUAAUUCGGUGGAGGCGAAGGCCGACUUGGAAUGGUGUGUGGCCAAUAGUAUCGUCCUGAAAGUCGAGUACAAAGGCAACAUCAGCUACAGAAAUGCAGCAAAGAAAUGGGCUCAAAUGCGACAUCGCGAGGCCCAGGGCCACUCCGCCACCCCCAACUCGCUCAGCAAGCUGGCAAUAAGUCGCAAUUUUAUGGAACUCCUGACUAACGUUUUCGGCGAGCUGGUGGUCGAAGAACCGGAUUACCUGGAAAUCGGGGUUCCGCCCAAAGAGAUCAUAGAGAACAUUCUGACCAAAGACAGCGUGCGGUACACGCGCAACUACAUCGCCAUUCUGCUAAUUAAGGAGACCGAGCGUGGAAAUCUGAUCAAGCUGGCCAAUGGCCACUUCUUGCUAGGCCCUUGUGCGGAUGAUCGCCGCCAGGAAUGGAUGACUAGGGAAACGGAACAGAAACUGUUGCCCGCAACCUGUCGGGAUGGUCAGACUGUGUCGUCCAAGCGAAGUUACAAUGACCAUUCCAGCGCCGUUCAAAUUCAAGCCGACGCAGAAAACAGUCGGCAAGCGAUUGUUAAGCCAAAGAAAAGAAUGAUUGCCAAGGUUCAGGCGGCGGCCCAACGGCAAGAAUCUCUGGAAAGACAAGCUCGCAUGUAUGCCAUCGAAGACAAGCACUGCGAAGGCCGUGCGGACAGUAUCCGAUCGGGUGGACGACGCAAGAAAGCAAGAAAAGUAUUUGAUCCUUCCGACACUCACGUUCCAAAAAAACGGGGUCGUCCAGCUGGUUCGCUGAACAAAAACACCAUCGAAAAGCAGCAUGUCUUUAAAGUUAGGGAUGAAGACUCCAGGCCGAACUCUCGGAGCUCAACAAGCAGCAAUCAUGGGGGAGUGUGUUCAGUUUGUCACACUCAAAGCAAAAAGGGACCAAGUGAUCGGAUGGUGUCUUGCAGCGAAUGCAGCAACAAAG